CUGUGCAAUGCGUAUGGAUUGUGGGUUCUACCAAUAUGAUCAAGAGUAAGACAUCACAAUCAUGAAUCGUGGUGUUGGGCUGUUCUGCAGAUAUAUAUACGGGAUUGUGCCCCCACUAGCAGGGGUGAAGAUUAAUAAUGCAUUUCGAGCUGAAUCAUGACUACUGACAAAGUCUCCGGAUAAUGAUGAUCCCCGGAGAUCGAAGAACCAGUAUCUUAGCCGUCCAGGCCACUGGAUUGUCAAACUGCUGGAAUGACGACAGAGCAGAGUGUCUACCGUCCAAUUCUCAGGAGGCGACGCGACAGCUUGUAUCGCCUUCCCGAAAAGGCAUAGCCCGAGAGACAGAUGAUCUGCAAUGACUAAGCCGAUAAGCGCAGGCCCGAUAAGCGGAUGACAUGAUGGCUUGCGCAUUCGGGUCGCUGCCUGUCAAGAGUCCUUCACCUCUCUCGCUCUCAUAGCGUGGACUCAUCGCAAAACACCAUUUCGCACUCAGUCAUCACAUUCAACAUCCCUCCAGGAUGGCUACAAAUUCUGAUGCUCUUCGCCCCGACCACGUGCUGUCACUUGCAGGAAGCGCUCUGCAGGGAGACGGCACUGCAGAAUCGAGUCUGAAAUCGGCGACCGAGGCCGUUGCUCUCAUCGGCCAUGCCUCCAUGGUCGCUGUCGGUUUUAAGCUGGUAGGACUAGGAGAAGAACACAGACUCUCCAGCUCCUCAGAUAGCCCCUCUUUGCCAUCGGAAUGGAACGUGAACGAUACCUUAGCCUUUCGAUACUCUCACCCGCAAUCCUCCAUGCAAUACCUACUUAAAGUGAAUCGACUGGGGAAUAAUGCCGUUAUCCUGGCGCUGGCGCUUGGGGAUGACAGAACUACGUCGUUCGACGUUGCCGCCAAGGAUUUCAUCUCCCCGUCCUCCCUCCCGAUCACAUCGGCCGAUCUCACCUCCGACCGUCUAAGCGAUGUCUUUAUCUCGUCCUCACGUCUGACCGAUCUUAUCGCUCUGUUCAAGAUCAACGUUAUCCAGAAACUCGCCCCCGGGGUAUACAAGGAAGGGUAUGAGCCUUCAAACAGCCAGGCCUCGCAGGAACCGCGGGGAGAACGGCCGCCGCCGCGAAAUCCCUUAGCAGAUGACCCGCUCCCUCAACCUGCUCGUCCUUAUCCUUUCGAUGAUCCCUUGGCGGCCGCUCCGCGUCGGCCGGUUCCCCCUGGUGACUUCGCCCCUCCCGGCUUCGAGGACGAGUUCGAGAUCCAGCGGCCUCCCCGAGGCUAUCACCCCGGAUUCGGCGGGAGAAAUCCGUUGAGUAUUGGCGAUCGGGAUUUAUACCCCCCUGGACUCGGUCCGCAUGACCCCUUGCGGGGUGGCGUUGGUCCGGGCUUGGGAGGCGGUGGAGGUGGCAUGCACCCUACAUUCGACGACCCUUUGUUUGGCGGUGGUGGACGAAGCCGAGGAUAUGACCCGCAAGCACCUCCCGGAGCUCGAUACGAUCCGGUCGGUCCGGGAGGAUCACCGUUUGGACGAGGGCGCGGACCUUUUGGUGGAAGCGGCGCCGGCGGAGGAUUUGGCGGAUUUGGCGGUGACAUCAUUUAGUUAGGCGCGCGGUUAGGAAAUUUGUUCGCCGGAGCAAGAAAAAGCACAGGGGCACAGUUUUACGAAUGGAUCAUGUUAAUAGCACUUAAGUUGUAUGAAUUAUGACCCGGAAUAUCUAUAAUUUCUAGUGACGAGAGAAUUCGUCUGGUCGAGUCUCCAGUUCGAUUUUAAAAGAAUUGUCGAACGGAUUGGCGGGGGAGUGUCAAGGAAUCGUGGGGAGAGCAGAACUUAAGGACAAGUUGUGGCGUUGGCCGGUGUGGCGCACGGCAGCCCAAAGGCGGCCAAAGCUACUCGGUCACUCCUCCCAACACAACUCUCCCUCUCCC